AUGGUAGUGAAUAAGGACCGUUGGAAAGAGAUGGGACGAGACAGGAAUCAAGGGAAGGUAGUGCUCCGUUUGGAUGUGGUGUCCGUGAUACGGUUUAAGGUGUACUCGUGGCACAGUAAGAGGCAUAAGAUGCACGCAAACUGUUACGUUGAGGUCGGCUGGGAUGGCAUGUUGUUACCUGGGAUUAAAGACAAGAGAUGUCCGCAGGAGAAGAUUCAAGGAGCAACAAGCAGAGGCAUGGUGACAGAGAACCGUGAAAGAGUAUAUGAAAAGUAUAACAUUCGUGACUGCAAAUCGUUUCAUGGAUUGAGCCGUGAGCGAGCUUCUGCUAAUGUCAAAAGAUCACACCUUGCUUCUCUUCAGCAAUAUGGAAGUUUCCCCAUUGUUGAGGAGCAAGUGAAAAAGUUUAUCCCGAGCAACAUAGGUUUAGAUGCUUCCGAGAGAGAUUUCUUCCAACUCAAACCUUACUAUGUCGAUGCCAGGAAUUGUCUUCCCCCAUCUCCACAUGAGAAUCUUAUCCUUGGUCUGAACCUCCUGAGGCUGAUUGUUCAGAACAGAAUUGCUGAAUUCCACACCGAGCCCGAGUUGCUUUCCUCAGCUACACUCGAGAAUCCCUGCAUCAAGCUUGCCGUUGAGCUUGAGCAGUCUUUCAUGGAAGGUUCCUAUAACCGUCUCCUCAGUGCUAGGCAGACCGCACCUGAUGCUACCUACGUCUAUUUCAUGGACCUUUUGGCUAAGACCAUUAGUCUCAAAGAGAUAGCAGGAUGCAGCGAGAAAGCUUAUGAUUAUGUCUCUAUCAGCGAUGCCCGUCAGAUGUUGCUCAUCUCUUCUUAUCAAGAACUAUUAGCCUUUGUAAUUGAGGAAGUGAAGGAAGGGUUUGUUGUAUUCCAGAAAGCCAACGAAACAACACCUUGCAAAGAGAUUCCUUCUCUGCAGCUCAUCAACCAGACUCUAAGCUACGCCAGAGAGCUGGAGCGUAUCGUGUAA